AUGCCCCGUCGGCCCUUCGCCGCCAUUGUCGCUGCCGCCGCCGCCGCCGCUGCCAUUGAUGUCGUCGAUGCCGCCGCCACUGAUCACAUCUCCCUUCCAAGGGAUGAUAUGGCAACCCAAUCCAAGGUGACAUCAUCUAGAUGCACCACUCAGGCGGAGAUGGGCACGCACACAUUCGAGAUCGUCAGGUACAGCCUGAUGAAAGGCAUGUGCAUCGGCAAAUUCGUCCAGUCGGACAUCUUCACCGUCGGUGGCCACUCUUGGGCCAUUCGCUUCUACCCUGACGGCGUCACCGAUGGCACCAGGAUGUUCGCUUCCGUCGCUCUGGUACUGAUGGACGAGGGCGCUGAGGUGAGGGCAUUCUAUGAUCUGUUUCUGGAUUCUGAGCUAUGCAAAACAAAGGGGCUUGAAAUUCAAGUGCCACCCUCGGACCUAUCGAGCAUUUUAGUAGGUUGUUGUUCUCUGAAGAGGAAGCGGAGCGUGAUUUUUAGUGUCCAAGGAGAGACUUUCCCAGCGCACAAGAUCAUACUCGCCACGCGGUCCCCUGUGUUCAAGGCACAACUGUAUGGAAAGAUGAAGGAGACCAAGGCGUGGUGCGUGACCGUGGAAGACAUGCAGCCUGAUGUUUUCAAGUACCUGCUGAAUUUCAUCUAUACUGAUGCGCUGCCUGUCUUUGAUGAUGACAUCGACGACGAUGAUUACAGUGAGAUGAUCAAGCAUUUACUUGUGGCUGCAGAUAGAUAUGCCAUGGACAGGAUGAAGCUGCUGUGUGCAAGUGUUCUUGUCGAGAACCUUCGUGUGGACACUGUGGCAACCACCUUGGCCUUCUUGGACCAGCAUAACUGCAAGAGCCUUAGAGACAUGUGCAUUGAGUUUAUGGCCUCUUCAAAUAGGAUAAGAGAUGUUAUGGCCACUCAAGGACAUGCAAAUCUCAAAAGAACAUGCCCUUCUGUCAUAGUUGAUGUACUAGAGAAGACAGGCAGGUGCCGCAAAAUAUAG